AUGUCCACAGCACUCAAGCAAGUCUUUAAUAAAGAUAAGACAUUCCGCCCAAAGCGCAAGUUUGAACCUGGGAGCCAGAGGUUUGAACUACACAAGCGGGCGCAGGCCUCGCUGCACUCAGGUGUGGACUUGAAGGCAGCCGUGCAGUUGCCCAGCGGAGAGGAUCAGAAUGACUGGGUUGCUGUCCAUGUGGUGGACUUUUUCAACAGGAUCAACCUCAUUUAUGGAACUGUCUGUGAGUUUUGCACGGAGAAGACCUGCCCAGUGAUGUCUGGAGGCCCUAGGUAUGAGUACCGGUGGCAGGAUGACAGAAAGUACAAGAAGCCCACGGCAUUGCCGGCACCCCAGUAUAUGAAUCUCCUCAUGGACUGGAUCGAGGUGCAAAUCAACAAUGAGAAUAUAUUUCCUACAAAUGUAGGUGUUCCCUUUCCAAAGAACUUCCUUCAGGUCUGCAAGAAGAUACUCUGCCGGCUCUUCAGGGUGUUUGUUCACGUCUACAUCCAUCACUUUGAUAGAAUCAUCCUUAUGGGGGCUGAGGCCCACGUGAACACCUGUUACAAGCAUUUCUAUUACUUUGUGACAGAGCUCAACCUCAUAGAUCGCAAAGAGCUGGAGCCUUUGAAGGAGAUGACAGACAGGAUAUGUCACUAA